CUUGCUCGUCUGUUUAUCAACCACCUAGCUCUCUGGAACUUGGCGAAAAAAACAUAGGGGCUCUCUCCGACGAUGUGUUUCAUGGACUGACUGGGGUUUUCUCUCUCAAUCUUUACGACAAUAACAUAACCGCUAUACCCAGCAAUGUUUUCAGGGACCUGUCUGAACUUUCCUAUCUCGAUCUAGGGAACAAUAUCAUAACCGAUCUACCCUUCAAUGCUUUCAGGGGACUGUCUUCACUUCGCUAUCUUGAUAUUUCCAAGAAUAACAUCACCAUGCUACACAACAAUCUAUUUAGUGAUAUGGUUAAUCUUUAUUCUCUCUUCCUUGGACACAAUAAAAUCACUGUUAUCCACCGCUAUGCAUUUAAUGGGUUGUCUAAACUUAAAGAGCUACAUCUGCAAAACAAUGGAAUCGCGGUCCUGCAUGAUAACGUAUUUACUGUGCCGACUGGUCAAAGACAGCUAGUUAUGAAUAAUGGUUCAUCACAACCUACCUCUACGUCUUUGCUAAACCUUGAUACACUAGACUUAUCAAAUAACUUCCUGACACAUUUACCUAAUCUGCCAAGCAGUUUAUCUUAUCUAAACGUCAUGGGUAACAAAUUGGAAGUACUAGAAAAAAUGUUUAAGGGCUUGGACAUUCUGGAGAAUAUCAAUACCGAUACUCCGUUCAUGUGCUGCGUCAAACCAGCUUCUGUGAAUGACGACAGCUGCUUUGAAACAGACCUCCCAUUAUGGGAAUGCAUUUACUCGCCUGAGAAAUGUAAACCAAAAGGUGAUGCCAUAUCUUCUUGUUUUGCCUUGGUUGGUUCGACUGCACUAAGGGUUUGUCUUUGGAUAAUUGGCAUGAGUGCUUUGGUUGGAAACAUCUUCGUCAUAAUUUACAGGCUGUUCCUCGACAGAGAAAACAUUACAAAGAGCUAUUCACUCUUCACACUGAAUUUGGCUAUUUCUGAUUUACUAAUGGGUGUCUACCUACUGAUAAUUGGUAUUUUUGAUGCAUAUUACGAUGGUGUUUACGCUUGGAAUGACCAGAAAUGGAGGAACAGUGCUUUAUGUACCACGGCAGGUGUACUAUCUAGUGUAUCCAGCGAAAUGUCGACGUUUGUUAUACUGAUGGUAACCGUAGACCGACUCAUUGUCAUCAUGUUCCCUCUGUCCCGUCUCUCCCGACUGAGCAUGACAUGGAAACAUGCUUUGAUCAUCUCAAUGACGUUUUGGAUUGUUUCUAUCACACUAGCAGUCAUACCUAUUUUCGCUGUGCAGUCCUACUUCAAAGGAGAAUUCUACUCCCAGUCUGGCGUGUGUCUAGCCCUGCCUCUGACUGGAGAUGAGCAUCCAGGAACUGGAUAUUCCUUCGCUGUGUUUGUCUGCCUCAACAGUAUAUUCUUUGUAGUUAUAUUCGUGGGUCAAAUUUGUAUUUUCAUAAGUUUGAAGAGGAGUGGUCGCCGAAUGGCCUCAACACAGAAUCGCAAACGGGAGAUGACUGUAGCAAUAACUCUGUUCUUUGUGGUCUUGUCCGACUUCUGCUGUUGGUUCCCUAUUGGUGUAAUGGGGGUGCUGUCAAGAUAUGGAGUUAAAAUUCCCGACGAAGUGUAUGCCUGGGUGAUGGUGUUCGUACUGCCUAUCAAUGCCGCCAUCAAUCCGUUCCUGUACACCGCUACAGCUAUCUGGAGGAUGAGACAAAAGCUACGCUUACCAACGAUACAACUAUCGAGAAGGACUGCGACCACAGGGGAGGCAACUUAACAGCAACAACGCCCCGGCUUGACUUCGUUUUAAGGCCCUUAUUUAUCGCUUACAAACAAUUGAUAAAUUUGUGGGGGAAAAAUAGAAACACAAGUGAAUUGCCCCGUAAGCAUAUGGAUUGAUAGACAUGGUCCGAAUGAUUAAUAUAAAACUGCAUCGUACAGCUGAUUUGUCCUUCUAGAACUCGCCAGUAAUGUUUAAGGGCCGAAGCAUGGAAUUUCAGAAAGGAGGUCAUGCAGGAAAAUAAUAAUCGUUCUGAAUGAUUGUGCAAAGUUACAGCGGAUGUACAUAAUUUAAACAAUUUUUUCUUGUUAUCAAUUAUUUAUUGGAUUUUUUUUUUUCAAAUAGCGUGAACUGAGAGUGUGUAUUCUAAAAAGGAUUCCAUAAAAAAGUAAACGUGGCCUACAGGGUAGCGGUCAACGUCGGGGACAUAAAAUCCACCAGCAGCGCUCAGAGGAUUGUACUAAAGAAAAUCGAAUACGAAACGGAUCGAACGGAAUUCUAGAAUGUCAUCCACAAGUCAGAAUACAAAAGAAUGAGCAGAAUGUUACCUGCAUCUUUGUUCUUUAUAUAUUAAGAUAAAUAAUCUUCAAAUAUAUUUGCAGCAAUGCAGUAAUCAAGCAUCGUUUGAAAGAGAACAAUUUUGAAUUGACAUUUUUUCUUAAAUCAUUUCGUAAAUGUUUAAUACGCUACAUGUAUAUUUAAUCACUACAAUGUUAUACAAUGUCAUUUUGUUAGAAUGAUUGAAUUUCACUGUAAUUAGUAGAGGUGUGUUAUGCGGAAGGUUGCUUCAAAUACGUAAUGACAGGGGUGCCUUAUUCCCUAUAUCUGCAUUAUCUGAAAUUGAAAAAUACAUAAUGCAUUGAUAUACGUUGAUUGGAAACGUUUGAAACAAUUCCAUUUUUUUUUUUUUCAACAGGUAUUUUUCUUGGUGUCAGGUCCGUUAUGUGCUCCACGUUUUACAUGUACUUAUAUUAAAUAUUACAUCAUUUGUAAUUCUGGUAUGUACUGUGUGUCACAAAAGUGUUUUGUAAGCAAAUCUACAUAUGGAUUAUCGAUAUUAAGCAUUGAGAUGCAGAGGUUUUGGUACGCGACCAUCGCCUAUGCUGUACGCAUAUGGAGCCAGUUUGACCUAUAACCCUGUAAUCUUCCUUGACCAAUCAUAUCCCGGUGUUCUUCCAAUCGACCAAUGAACUGUGCAUCUCAACGCCACACUAUUUAUGCAAUGUUGUGUCUUUUAAGCCAUAAUUUGUAUCCACCUUCACAUUUGUGUUACAUAUUCAGUAAUGUUUGUAGGUUGUUUUCCGGUUGGUCCAAAAGACCAUUUCCAAAAUUUGUCUCAGUACUAAGAGAUGUAGUGGGAAUUCAACAUCUGAGCGAGUCCCAUAGGAAAGGCAGGAGUCUACGACUCCGAUAUCUGAGCUCCAAUGUAUUACUGCUUUAUGUAUUGUCAGACAGUAUACUAUAAUGAAUAAUUAUGAGCUUGUAGUAUCUCAAUAUCUGACCUGUCUUUAAUAAAUUACCUUUU